GCGCGUCGGCAACGAUGGCGACGUGCAGGAACGUGGGAGCUGCGGGCUCCAGCGGCGGGGCACGCACCGUCCGCAUGAAGCGCAGAGGAGGCCGCGGUUUGAGGGGCGGCGGGGGCGGUGCCCUGAAGCGGCUCAAGCUGGCGGUGGAAGAGUUUGUGCAGGCGACCUCGGAGGGCGAGGGACGCGGUGCUCCGGUGCGCUUCCGCCGGGGGAAAAGCCGCAAGGAGCUGAGAAAGGAGAAGCGGCACCUGAGGAAAGCGCGCCGGCUGCAGAGGACGGGAGGCCGCCCCGGAGCCGAAGAAGCGAGCGGUCCCCGGUGGGACAAGGAGGAGGAGAGCGCCUGCCCAGCCCCCAGCCAGGACCCCUGGCCUCCCCGGGAGCCGCGAGCGCCCCGCGCCGGGACCAAGGCCACCCCCGGGAAGACCAGACUCUCCGCAGCGGCCGCCGCCGCUGCCCGAAAGCGGGCGCUUCUAGCGGCCAACGAGGAGGAGGACCGGGAGAUCCGAAAGCUGGAGCGUUGCCUCGGCUUGAACAAGCGCAAAAAGAAGGGCGAAGGUAGCUCUGUGCCUCUCAGCUUUGCACGCGAUGGGCUAGACUAUAUUUUGGGAGCCCUGGAGUCUGGGAAGAAUAGUGGUUUGUACGAAAGCAGUGGGGAGGAGGAAGAGAGUGCCGCACAGACGCUCCCCGAAAGUGAUCCAGAGAGUAACUCCCAGGAUGAAAGUGAGGAGGAGGAGGAGGAUGUAGGGAACGAAAAGGGAGGGCGGAGAGAAGAGGGAGCGCAGAGCGAGAUGGACGACGACGAAGUAUCGCAGGAAAAGGAGGGGGAAGCGGAAGGAGCAGCGCAGGAGAAAACAGGAGAAAGAACAGUUCGUUUUGCAGAAGAUGAAGAAAAGAGUGAAAGUUCUGAGGUUGGUGAUACAGCAGACCAGAGUCUUUGUAAAAGUGGUGAAAAGUACAUCCCACCUCAUGUGAGGCGAGCUGCGGAGACAGUCGAUGCCCAGAAAAAGGAAGAACUAGAAAGACUGAAGAAACAUGUGAAAGGUCUAGUUAACAGGUUGAGUGAGCCAAACAUGGCGUCCAUAAGUGGACAGCUGGAAGAGCUGUACAUGGCCCACAGCAGGAAGGACGUGAAUGACACCCUGACUGCCACCCUUUUGGAUGCCUGCGUCACUGCCUCGGCCAUGCCCAGCCGACUGAUGAUGGAGCAUGUUCUCUUAGUCAGCAUCCUUCACCAUACUGUUGGCAUCGAGGUUGGUGCUCACUUUCUGGAGGCUGUGGUGAGGGGGUUUGAUGCCGUCUAUAAAAGCGAAAGUGAAGGGAAAGAACGUGACAACCUCCUUACUAUCGUCGCCCAUUUGUACAACUUCCACGUGGUACAGUCUCUCCUCGUCUUUGACAUUUUGAAAAAACUUGUUGGAACUUUUACAGAAAAAGAUAUUGAACUGAUCUUGCUGAUGCUAAAAAAUGUGGGCUUUUCACUGAGGAGAGAUGAUGCCUUGUCACUUAAGGAACUGAUCACCGAGGCCCAGACCAAAGCCAGCGGGGCCAGCGGCCAGUGUCAGAACCAGACCAGGGUUCAUUUUUUGCUGGAAACGAUGUUGGCGCUGAAGAACAAUGACAUGCGCAAAAUCCCGGGCUACGACCCGGAGCCUGUGGAGAGGCUGAGGAGACUGCAGAGAACGCUGGUACGCAACUCUGGCUCAGGUUCUGAGACCCAGCUUCGUGUCUCCUGGGACAGCAUCUUAAAUGCUGAACAGACGGGUCGCUGGUGGAUCGUGGGGUCCGCCUGGAGUGGGGCCCCAAUGAUUGACAGCAGUCAUCAUGCACACCUGCCGAGGCAGCUUCCAGGCAUGGUUAGCUCAAAGAUCCUAGAACUUGCCCGAAAGCAGAGGAUGAACACCGACGUGAGGAGAAACAUAUUUUGUACGAUAAUGACAAGUGAAGAUUGUUUGGAUGCUUUUGAAAAGCUUCUAAAACUUGGACUUAAGGAUCAGCAGGAGAGAGAAAUAGCUCACAUUGUCAUGGAUUGCUGUCUUCAGGAGAAGACUUACAACCCCUUCUAUGCAUACUUGGCUGGCAAGUUUUGUGGCUAUGAAAGGAGGUUUCAGAUGACUUUCCAGUUCACCAUAUGGGACAAAUUACGAGACUUAGAAAAUUUGCCAGCCACUAAUUUCUCUAAUUUUGUUCAUCUGGUGGGCCACUUAUUAAAGACAAAAUCACUUCCACUUUCCAUCUUGAAGGUAGUUGAAUUCAGUGAAUUGGACAAACCCAGAGUCCACUUUUUACGAAAAGUAUUAAAUACGCUAUUAAUGGAAACAGAAGUUGAAGACCUUAGUUUAAUUUUUGCAAGAGUAUCUGACAACCCAAAGCUGGGGGUGCUGCGAGAAGGUUUGAAGCUCUUCAUCAGCCACUUCCUGCUGAAGAAUGCCCAGGCCCACAGAAGUACCAAUGAGGCCAGCAUGCUGAGAGAGCGGGCCGAUGUCGUAAUAAAGGCUCUGCAAGGAAAAGCAUCCCUGAGGAUGUAGGCAGGGAAAGGAGGGGACGGUGGUCCUUUGAGGGUAAAAUGCCCUUGUAAACCCAAAGCUCUCUGGUUUGUCUCUGUAUAAAGGUGUGGUGGAGCUGUGCCACUGUUGCUUGAAAAUGCUGUAUUUUGAGGUAAUUUUUUGAUCCAAGGUUACAUUGUUUGGGUGUUGAACCAUUUUCAAAUAACCAUGUGUACAUUGGGGGUGGAAGAGAAGGAGGCAGAUGCCCUGGGCAGAGUGUUCUGUAAACUUUGAUGCUGGUUAUUUUUUUAUUUUACUUUAUGAUUAUUAUUAUUAUUUAUUUUUUUUUUUUUUUGAGAUAGAAUUUCACUAUGUCACCCUCCGUCGAGUGCUAUGACAUCCCAGCUCACAGCAGCCUCAAACUCUUGGGUUCAAGUGAUUCUUUUCCCUCAGCUUCCCAAGUAGCUGGGACGAAAGGCGCCCACCACAAUGCCUGGCUAUUUUUUGUUGCCGUUGUCAUUGUUGGUUAGCUGACUGGGCGGGGUUUGAACUGCUAACUUCAGCGUAUGUGGCUGUUACUGUAACCACUGCUAUGGGUGCUGAGCCAAUGCUGGUUAUUUUAAUAGAUGAAAUCAGCCACUAGAGGGUGUAGUUAUCAUAAAGAAAUCAAUGUAUUUUCAUCUUUUUUACUCAGUUUAAAGUUCAAAAAUCAGUUAACUAUGAUGCUUGAAAUUUAAUUAAGUAUUUGAGAGUCAGUUGACAUAAAUAUCAUGUUACGGAUGAUAUAGUGUGGAUCCAUACUUUUCCUUUUUAAAAAGAAAUUGGCGGGGUACCACCACCCCUGGCUAAUUUUUAUAUUGUUUUGUAGAGACAAGAUCUCUCUCUCUCUCUCUGUUGCCCAAACUGGUUUCAAACUCCUGGCCUCAAGCAAUCUUCCAGUGUUGGCCUCCCAAAGUUUUGGGAUUACAGAUAUGAGCCACUGCAUCUGGCCUAAAUAGAUGUUUUCAUCUCACAUUUUGACACCUUUUGAUACCUAUGUGUGUAUGUGUGUUUGUGUAUAUAUAUUAAACAAUAUCGCCGUUGUG